GAGCGCAACAGUUGCUCUUCUUCCACCACCAAGUCAGGCGCGGUUCUUCCUCUCUUUGCUCCCCACGGCGACUUCGUUACCACCGGAGCCGUGAAGCCGAUACGGGUGUGGCGUUCAAUCAGUUAUCACGCCGUCUCGCUUUCUCUCUGGCUGUCGCUCACCGUUUUUUGACGGAAGAAAUUACGAGAGCGGAAACGGUCCGGCAGCCUCUGAAUUUUCCUUUUUAAUGGAGAACUCAGAAUCCGAUGAGCCAGACAAGAAGCGGCCUCAUCUCGAUUCUCCUGUUUCGCCCGCCAUGUCUCGUAAUCACGCCAGUUCUCCGACCAAGAAUCAAACCGUUGAUGUUAUGGUUCUCCAUCACCAGAAUCAAAAGCUUGUUCAACAAUUGGAUCUCCAAAAGCGCGAAUUGCGUGAUCUAGAAGCCAAGAUUGCAGAACUGAAAGGUAAUCAGGCUUCAUAUGAUGAGAUUCUCAUCACAACAAAUCAAGUGUGGAAUCAGUUGGUCGACGAUUUGGUUCUACUUAGUGCACGAGCUGGUGGUGGCCCGAAUGUGCUACAAACUUUCGAUGAUGCAGAUUAUUCUCGAGGUUCGGUUCCAUCUUGUCCUGCUGAGGAAGUGUUUCUUUGUAGACUUCUGGGGAAGGAUUCACUUCAAAACCGUCAAAAUGAUGGAAUUGCUGAAUAUACCAAUGAAAUGCUUGCUUCACGCCUUUCCUCCAGUAUAGGGUUGAUGGAGUCUUUGGAAUCCAUUAUUGAUACUCAGAGGACGGAGACUGUGAGCAUAAGACAGGCUUUUGAAGGAAAGCUAUCCGCAGAAGAUGCCAUCAUUCAGUUGUCGAGGCUUGAUGAUAUGAUGAGAGAAGAAGCACGGAAUCUGCAGGAGGUGAUUGAUAUUCUCCACGUAAAGCAUAAAGAAUACAUGGAGGGAAUUGAGAAUUACACAAGCAUGCAUUCAACAGAACAAUCUGAAAUUUCACGCCUUGCAGGUGAGCUGGAAGAAUGUAUGGCUGAACUAGAAGACAGCAGAAGAAAGUUGAUCAAUCUGGAGAUGCAAAAAGAUACUGAUGCUGAAAUACAUGGUCCAAUUCCAAGUGCUGCAAAUGGAAGCCUGUCCCCAGAGAAGUCUUCUGAUAGAUCUAAGGGAUUGCGAGAGUUGCGAGAUUCCAUAGAGGAAAUUAAGUUGCUAGCUGCUGCCCGUCUUUCUGAGCUUCAAGAUGCACAAGAAGAAAAUCAGAUCUUAUCAAAAGAUUUGGAAGUUCUUCAGAAUGACCUGAAGGAUGAUAAACAUAUCUACUCAUCUCGUCUCUACAACUUAGUGAACGAUCAGCUUCAACACUGGAAUGCUGAAGUGGAGCGGUAUAAAGUUCUGCUCGAGGCUUUGCAGGCUGAUAGGUCUUCAAUUGUCAGAAGGGAGAAGGAAGUAAGUAUAAAAUUGGAGUCAGCUGACUUUGCCAGGAAUUCAAUAGCCAGUGACAAUUCUGGAAUUGAAGAGCUCGAAGCUCAGCUGCAAAAGUGUAAGAUUGAAAAGAAUGAUCUUGAGAUUAAAGCGGAAGAAGCUGUCCAAGAUUCUGGGAGAAAGGAUAUUAAAGCAGAGUUCCGUGUUAUGGCCUCUGCAUUAUCCAAGGAAAUGAGUAUGAUGGAAGUUCAAUUGAAUCGAUGGAAGCAAACAGCAGAUGAAGCACUUGCCUUGCAAGAAAAAUCCCGAUCAUUGAAAGCUUUGUUGAUUGAAAAGACGAAUGAACAAGACAGCUUGGCAGGAAAGUGUGCUGAACAAGUGAUAGAAAUCAAAACAUUGAAGACUCAGGUUGAAAGUUUGCAGAAGGAGAAACUGGAGCUGCAGACGAUAUUGGAUAUGUAUGGGCAGGAAGGCUCUGAUAAUAGAGACAUCAACGAAAUCAAAGAAUCCACGCGGAGGGCUCUUUCUCAAGUUGAAGCCUUAAGGAGUGCCUUAGAUGAACAUCCUCUUCAGUUGAGAGUUAAAGCGGCUAAUGAGGCUGAGAUGGCGUGCCAACAAAGACUUACUGCUGCUGAAGCUGAAAUUUCCGAAUUAAGGGCCAAAUUGGAUGCUUCUAAAAGAGAUGUAAUGGAGCUCAAUGAAGCAAUUGCUAUCAAAGAGAAGGAUGCCGAGGCAUUUAUUUCUGAAAUUGAGACUGUUGGUCAAGCCUAUGAAGAUAUGCAGACGCAGAACCAGCAUCUACUGCAACAAGUUACUGAAAGAGAUGACUACAAUAUCAAGCUCGUUUCUGAUAGUGUGAAGACAAAGCAGGCCCACGGCAUUUUGGUAGCUGAGAAACAGGCCCUGACAAAGCAACUUCAACAGUUAAAUGCAUCAAUAGAACAAGUGAAAACGAGGAUCGCCCAUAGUGAGGAACAAAUGAAAACAUGUUUUGCUGAUGCAAUCCGGUAUACUGAAGAAGAAAGACAUCUAGCAGUCACUCUCGAGAUGGCUCGGUGGGAACUAACAGAUGCUGAGAAGGAACAGAAAUGGAUCAAAUAUGCUAUUGCUUCUUCUGAAAAGGAAUAUGAGCAGAUCCAAAAGAAGUCGGACGAAGUAAGAACAGAGCUGGAGAAUGAAAGAUAUGAGAGGCAGAAAGUGGAGGAAGAGCUGUUGGAGCUGAACAAUCAGAUUGCCGAGUUGAUUUCAGAGACCAGUGAAGCUGCUAUAGAAAGACUCCAGGAUGAAAUUAAUGACUGCAAAAGGAUUCUCAAGUGCAGUGUAUGCUCGGAUCGGCCCAAGGAAGUUGUGAUCGUGAAAUGUUACCACCUGUUCUGCAAUCCGUGCAUCCAAAGAAAUCUGGAGUUACGGCAUCGCAAGUGCCCUGGGUGCGGAACAGCCUUCGGUCAGAGCGAUGUACGGUUCGUAAAGAUAUGAACAGGCGUCGGUCGAUGGUUUGGCACAUGAGCUUUGUUUUGUUUGUUUGUUUAUUUAUGUCACAGGCGAAAUAUGAAUAUAGUAUGUAGGUGUUAUGUUGUAGGCAAGUGAAAUUAUCGACCUUGGGCAGUAGUAUCGAUAGGUUAGCGUACCCUUUUGCCUGGUCGGAAUGGGUUAAGAUGGCACAGAUUACUGGCAGGUAGACUGAUGAUGUUUCUCUUAUGGUAGGAACAUAAAAAUUUGCAUGUCAAAUUCGUGAUACCAGCUUUCUCGAUCAUGCCUGCCUAACAUGGAGAGGUUCAUGUGGCCGUCAAGAUGAUAUCCGAAUAGUCCCGCGUUUUAUUCCAACUUGAGCGUACCAAUGUCCUGUUGUAAUGUGUACGUAGGCGUAGCAAAUGGGUUUGUGCCAUCAUAAACUGAUGAUUUUAAACUUAAAUUGGUGAAUUUUAGGGGUGUGCAAUGGUUGAUUCGAAGUGCACCGGAUCGAACCAACGCCUUGAAUAGACUAUAGUGUAAUAAAUAUAAUAUGAUCUGGUCUUUGGUCCUGUGAAUUCUUUAAAUUAUGAAGAAAAAUGAACCGAAUUGACAUUUAGA